GAAAAUAAUCAUCCUACACCAAAUAUUCAUAAAAGAUUGAAUCCUGCAUAUUUAAAGGAAAAUAAUCAUCCUACACCAAAUAUUCAUAAAAGAUUGAAUCCUGCAAAGGAUAAACCUCAACACGCAUAUCAACCUAUAGAAGACAAUCAAAUAUUUCAAACAGAUGGUGCGAGUCUUCGUGUAAUUUUCACAUCAGGGCAUAGUGAAGACCAUAUCGCAUUUUAUUUAGAAGAAGAAAAUGCAAUAUUUACUGGUGAUGCUGUAUUAGGUCAAGGAACAACUGUUUUCGAAAAUCUUGAAGAAUAUAUGACUUCUUUGCAAAAAAUGAAAAAAUUAACACCAGAUCGAUUAUACCCUGGUCAUGGUCCAGUGGUCGAAGAUGGUAUGGCCAAAUUGGAUGAAUACAUUGAUCAUCGCCUGCAGCGUGACCAAGAAAUACUUGAUGUACUUAAACAAUCUGACAAACCUUUAACAGCUAUGCAAAUUGUAGAAUCAAUAUAUGCAGCAUAUCCUCGAGAACUUUGGAAGGCUGCAGAAGCUAGUGUAAAAUUGCAUUUAUUUAAGUUAGAAAACGAAUCAAAG